AUGAUCUCCCUGCGCGAGGAGCUGGGCGAGCUAUUCCAGGGUUGGCCCCCCUUGUGGGCUCAAUGUCGUCGUGACGGCCUCCUCCGUUCGACGCCCGACCUCGUGGCGGCCGUCGGCGCUACCAUCAGCUUGUUCGUCUUCAUCCUGCUGAUCAAGGCGUGGGAGCUUGGCAAGCUUGCCUGGUCGUUUGCCAACCCGCGAUCGCCUCGCCACCGGGAGCGCCGCGAGCGCAACCGCGAGCGCGCGUCCCUCAGCAAGCUCUUCCUCGCCGCACCCGAACGCAGCGUGCCUCUCUUCGCGCCAGCCGCCGCGACUGAUAGUAUUGAUGCUCACGCUAGCACUCAAUCGCACGCGACGAGCCCCACGAAGCCGCCGCCGCCAUGCCUGCUGUUUGAGCGCGUGCCCCCGGAAGUGCGCCGCCACAUCCUGAUGCUCGCGUUUGGCGAUCGGACGUUGCACAUGGACCUCAGCUUCCGGAAGCGGCACAACCUGAUCACGAAGAGGCCGUACGAGGGCUGGGGCAUACAUGCGCGCAUAUACGACUACCUGGCGCCCGGCGGCCGCGAGGCGCACCUGCUGCCCGGCGAGGGCAAGCGAUGGCGCUGGUUCGGCUGCGUGUGCCACCGGUUCCCGUCGCCGGAGGAGGAAGAGGCGGGGCCGGCUCUCCUCCCACUAGGCAGGCGGCGCAAUAACCCGUGGAACCACUUUCGCGAGCCGGACGAUGACCGCUGUCUGGAGGGCGCGGGGGAGUGCAACAAGUGGCCGGGACAGUGGCCCGGCAAGUGCCAGAUUGGCGUAUUAGGAUGGCUGCUGGCGUGCAGACAGGCGUAUGCCGAAGGGGUCGAGGUGAUAUACAAGACAAACACCAUCCACAUAAGGUCGCCCAUUCUCCUCCGCUGCAUCCAGGACCUGGUCCCGCGACAGCGGCUAUCGGAGAUGACAUCACUCGAGCUCGUGUGGAAGCCGAAGCAGGUCGCGCUUCGCCAGGGCUUCACGGGUCGCAAGGGCUCCCCGCCCUUCAAGGCGCCCCUCUUCCCCUCCCUGCGCCAUCUUCGCAUCAGCUUCCACACGCUGGCGUACGGGGAGGUCGACGAGGCGACGGGGCUGGAGUGGCCGUACGAGAGCGCCGAGGUGCUCUCGCGCGCGCUGCACGAGCGUCUGUUCCCCGAAAUCGACGGCCUGCUGGAGAGGAUUGCGCCGCCGAGCGCCGAGGUGCUGGUGUCGUGCUCCAAGUGGGAGUGGUACGAGGUCAUCGACCUGUACCUCCUAGAGAGGCAGGGCGAGGCUAAGACGAGGCUCCAGCGAGCGGACAUUGAGGGGCUCAAGUGCUGGAGAGAGACACCGAAAGCGACAAGCGAUGAUGCGGACGUGGAGAGUCUUGAGCGGCCCGCGACGCGGAGAGAUGGAUAUUGGAUUCACAUGUGCUUUGAAGACGUCAAGCUUGAUUCUGGCAUGGACUAUGACUGGCACCGGCAUCGUCUAUAUGGCCUUCGAGAGGGCCAAAGAUAUCGAUAUCCCUAUUAUGACUCCUAA